UUGUAGGUGCCACCAAACAAGCACAAACAAUAAGAAUGGUAGGAGUAGCACGUUUUAGUACCGCUGCUGCCAGACUGGCAAGAACAAAGGGUUACAGAGUUGCGAGAGAUGUGGAGCUCAGAAAGCCAAUUCUUCCAACCAUAGACAACAUCAAAGUGAGAGAUGACCACCCACUAUGGGAGUUUUUCCACAAAAAGAAAUUUGUCCGUUCUCCAGAUGAGUUGGAUGUGCAGGGGAGAUCUUGGAAGGUGCAGGAUUUGAGGAAGAAGUCAUUUGAGGAUUUGCACGCUCUGUGGUAUGUGUGUUUGAAAGAGAUGAACAGGAUACAGAGAGAAGAGGUCAUCUACGAAGACAUCGGGAGUGCAAAGAUGCAGCAGUGCAUGCAGCUCGAAACUGCAAUCAAAGACUCCAUGCUUUCCAUCAAACAGGUGUUAACUGAAAGAGAGGCAUCUUUGGCAAAUGCGAAGGCAGAAUUCAAGGUUGUUGGUGCUGAGUACCUUCAAGAAUUCAAGCAAUCAUAUUUGGACAGUGAGAAUGUGGAAACGGACGAAUGGUUUGACAAGCUAGAAAGAUUACAGUAUGCUAUCUACGGUAUCAACUCAACUUACGAAUCUGUCGUUAUCAAUGAGGAGUUCUUACAAGGUAUCAAGUACAUUUCCUCCUUGUACUUUGAAAAGUUCUCGGAAAAGAGUGAAGUGAAAAUUGAGAGCCUCAGAGAUAUUGUUGAAGUGUACAAGAUCUUCGAAAACGGUUCGACGCUGGAAGGCUUCAAAGUUGCAUGUGAAGGUAUAUUAGAAUAUAGGGAGAGCGAUUUGGUUAUUCCUCCAUCCAAGGAGAUCAUGGUUAUCCAGAAUUUGGUCGACGAGAAGAUCAGCGAGGCAAACCAGAUUGCUGAGCCAGAAGAAGUUGCCGAACAACCAAAGACAACUGUUUAGACUCCUGUGGAUGAUGGUUGAAUGAUUAUUUUGAUAAUACACCUGUAAAUAAAUAUAUACACAUAAUUAAAAAUGAAAACGUCUAUAACUGUACAAGGGAAAAAGAUCUCACACCUGGAUUUU